AUGUGUACAAAAGAGGACAAUAUAGACACAUAUAAAUUCUACAGGACAUUUGCUAGAGGUGUUGCGAAGAUACUGCUCAAUUUAUGCUCAUAUAUAGGGGUGUUUAUUGCGAUAGUAGUUUGGUGGGCGUCACUAAUCAAGAUGGCUGCCAUGUCCAGUUGCGCUGGAAGGUUUGGUCUAAGCAUACAUUUAUUGCCAGAUCUAACUCUUCCAGCUCAGCUUGACAGGUCUUUACACACAAUUACAGGUGGAAUGUAUGACACAGGUAAAUCACAGAUCUACCCAAAAGACUUGGAAUGCAUCUCAUCUAUGGUGACUUUUGAGCACCUCUACCUUAUGUGCCAAAAUAUCAGUGUACCGUCUCCUACAGGGCUUAGAAAUGGAGGCUCUUCAUCAUCGCACCUUUCACAUGAUUCAUUGGGACGCAACAUGCCAACUGAACCCAGUAUUAGUCAAGUACCAUUCGCAUUUGAUCUCAUUGGAAUUUUACCAAAGUGCCAACAAGUGGAGGUGUUACUCUCAACAUUAAUACCAGUAGCAGACCAGAAAGAUGAAAUAUCCCAACUUCCACCACCUAACAAUAUUUUGUUUGCAUUAAUGGUAGAAGCCCUAUCUGAAAUACAUGAUAGAGAAAUUCACCUCUCUGAACCAGAGCACCAACAAUUUCUGCAGUUGCUCGGCAACAGACAGAGAGAUUUGGAUGAAUAUCCUCUUCCAUUCCCAAUGCCGUCUGCUGUUGAUGUAGUUCCUGAAGUUGACACUAGGCGGCAGUUGAGUAGUGACUCUUUACAGAGCCAGAGUACUAUGAUCACAAUGUUAUCACAAUCCCAGAGCUCAAAAUCAUUCGAAAAACAGGAUACACCACAAGGAAAUUAUGGAGCUGGAGUCAACCCAGGCAUUAGUGAAGCUCAAGAGAAAGAGACAAGUGUUAGUUGGAGAUGCUUUGUGAAAUCAAUAUCACCUCAACAAGUGAUUUUGAUGUUCAUACCAGCCAGUUAUGAUGACCUGCUGUGUUUAAUGGAGUCAAAAGAACAAUCAAAUGAAGAUGUUAUUGUCUUAGGGAAAGAUCAAACCUCGCAACGGACAGGAAGUGAUUCAUCAACAAGGGAGACAUCUAUUAGCAAAGAUAAUCUGACAAAUGAACAUAUUGAGAAUGUCACGAGUGAUGAAGCAGGGCUCAGAGACAUAGAAGCUGUAUUAAGUCAGGGAGAAUCAAUCAUAAAAAAUGAACAUGAAAAGCCGGUUAUAGAAAAACUUGACUUGGAAAAGAAAGCAGAGUGUAAGGCUAGUGUGACAUUACCCGUAUAUUUUUACAACUGUUCGCUGAACAAUAUAACUGAACAUUUAGUGAACAGGUGGAGUUAUGAACCACCUGAUGAUAUUUUUCAAGAUCUCCGUUUUGAAAAUGAAACAUUGAACAAUAUGACAGACAAUAGAUCCAGUGAGGAACAACAAAGUUCUACCAGUAGUAAGUCUGAGACACCAAGAACUGAAGAAUUACCAAAUAAAAAGCCUGAGACACCAAGGCGGCUCUACCAAAGACAAGAAUCAUUCAGGUCACACCUGAGAAAAGCCAGUGAAUUGGACAGCAGUGAUUAUGAUUUGAGUGGUACAUUUAAAGCAAGAUCCUUUGCCAGAGACAGGACAACAUCAGAGCAAGUUUUCGGGGACAACAUAGAACUACAACAACAUUGUAUGAUGGUAUCAGAAUCCUACUAUAAAAGUUUUGUAACAGGGGUCUUUAAAAGUCUACAGUUGGGUCAGAAGGUUGACAUACAUGAUGUAGAGAGUGCAAUUAAUGGCAUAUGUGAGGAGAAGCUGCCAGUUGAGCUAGACAUUUCUCCAUUCUUACAGACAGUCUGUAGUCAUCUCCAGGGAGUCAUAGAGAAGAUUAAUAUGGAGGAGCGAUGCCAGGAUGAUAUAGAUAUGAUAAUAAUUAGGUUGCGAUCUUAUAACAGCACAAUACGAUCUAAACUAGAGAACAAGUCUGAUGUAUCCAUGCUACCUGUGACUGACAAUGAGCAUUCACAGAAAAAAGCCGGUUUCUCUGACCUGAUGUCACCAGAGCCUACCCCCAGGCUGAAGAAGUCCAUUCCCCUCCCCCUGUCUUUACUCCAGAACCCUGAGACCUGUGAGAGGGUGAAAGGACUACAUAACCUGAUACGUAUCAAAUUUGAAGCCAUCAUGGAGAACUGGUUCAAACCAGUUCCAACCAACCCUGACUUCUUUUUCUUUCACCGUAAUGACUAUGAAGAUGAAGAAAUGUGGCAACUUAACCAGGAGGAAGAACAGAAUGAAAAUACAUUGAGUAAAGCUCCAGAAGCUCAGGAUGCCACCGCAGCAGAAGACAGUGAUACAGUCUUCACAUCAGACUUUGAGUGUGCUACUCCAAGUGAGCAUGGCACAAACUUUGACUCUGUUAAACCAAAUGAAUAUGAUGCAGAGACGAUCAGUAAUGCUUUAAAAGAUGACCUUGAGUCCCUGAUCUCCAUGAAUGAGGAUUUGCCUCCACUGUUCCUCCACUUGAUGUGCUCCGUAAAGACCAAGGGAGAUGUAUACAGCGUCAGUGUGAGGCAUCUGCCUACAUGUCUAGGGGAGUUGAGAGAGUGUCUUGUAGACAGAAUGGAGGGCUCUGACCUUGACUUGAAUGACCUACAAGUGACCUUGGACAUGAUCUUCCUGACCUUGCCUGAGGACACAGAGAUGCACUUGGAUAGUGCUAGGGAGGAGUACAACAGGGAGGUGUCAUAUGAGAGUGCCUAUACAGAUAAUGUGAAAGUAGAACAAGAGGAAACGAAGAGCACCAUGGCCUCUACAGAUGUGGGAUUUCAACCUCAGUCCAAUGAUCCACUGUCCAAUCUACCUGGACCUCAGAAUGAGGCUAUCAAACUAUGUCGGGAUAAAAUCAACUGGUUAUUGAGAGACGAGAUUGCCUCUGCUAUGCGUCAGGUGAUUCCUCUUACUGAGAACACCCUUGCUAUGGUGGCUAAGCAUGUUGAGGACUCCAAAGGAAGACCUGCAUGUAUCCAUGAGUCUGUACCACUGCAGUUUGUCUAUGGGCCAGAGCAGAGUCUCACCAACUUUGUAGAGCAAUUUGAGCGUAUGGACUUACCAGGGUUCCACCUGAACAAAGAGGGUGAAUACUACUACCUUGUACUGGACAGACUACGCAGGGAGACUACCACUGAACCUAUUAUCACAGCUGAGGCACUUAGCACUGCGUUAAAUCAACUCAAUGGUGGAGAUACACAGAAAACACCAGAAGAUGUUUCUAAGAGUGGCUCAUUUGUGCUAUUAAAGGAUGACUCUGGAAGAGCAAGACAUGAACGAUCACCAAUGUCAAGUGGUGAGCGUAGCUCCAAGUGUGUGUCUGAAGACAUAACAAUAUCUCUGACACAUCCUAGUCCUGUAAAAGAGAUUCCACCAUUCCCUCUAGAAGAGCUGUCCAAUAGGAGUCUAGAAGAUAUAGGAACAAAAUCUAGUGGAAGUUCGAUACAGGUUCUAGAGGAGGAGGCACCAUGUAUCCCAUCAUCCACUACUACCAAUGUAAAUGCACCUGUACAACCACCAAAACAGCAGUCAAUCAUAGAGGAUAAAAUACCUGAGAACCAAACAGAGGGUAACAGUCAAUCAGAAACAGUAAAUGAAGACGGUAUUAUUAAAAUCGAUACUGAAAUAACUGAGACUGAGGAAAAACCUAAAGAGCCUCAUGUUGAUGAUUUUGAAACUAUUAAAGAUAUAGAGUCUGGUCAGGAUGCGCUUGAAAUGAAAAUGGAUCAUUACUCCGAAGAUCAAAAGGACAAUGUUGAAAUUAAAGAGAAUGUACCAAAAGAAGAAGAUGGAGGCAGUGCAGAGGCUGCACAUAUGAAAUCUGAGAAAACUGCACCUGUUAUUCCUGAGGAGGCAAAAACCAAAGUCGAAAAUGAUGAACAUAUUGAUGGAGAGAAAAAGGAUGAAGACAUUGAUGAGGUUCAACAUGAAAAACCUAAAGAAGUUCCAAGUCCAAUUUCUCCAGUGUUGAAAUCAAAUGAAGAGAUUGAGAGAUCCAAGCUAUCUAAACAAAAAUCUUUGAGUGGAGAAUCAGCUAAGGGUGUUUCAUCAGGUGCUGGCACCCCAAGAGCUGUUCCACUAAUUGGACAUUCCCCUCGUCUCAGUGCAGUAAUGGCCCCAACAGCCCUCGUUUGUGAAGACAUUGUACUAGAACCUAAGACUGGUGGCAAAUCUGCAACUUUUACAAUAGGUCCUGCUCUAGGGGAAUCUUCCCCUCUUAGUGACACUAUAUCUCCUAGGGUUGCUGUAUCAGACAAAAGUCAGUUGUUACGUCGUGGCAGCGAUCAUGAACUUUUGCGACGCAGACACAGCAGUGGUGACAAUAAGCAUAGUAGAUCACGACAUGCCAGUGGCGACAACAAACUAAAUAGAUUAAAAUCAAAUCAAAAGACUUCAAACCAAGAUGUGACUCCAACACGGAAUGUGUCUGGUGGUGAAAUACAAUUGCGGCAUACAUCUGGGUCUGGAGGUAGGACCCCCAGGCAUUCCUCAGGCCCAUUCUCAUCCAGUAGGCACACAAGUGGGCCAGAGACUCCAAUUAGAAGUCUCUCAUAUGCUGACUUCAGUAGUCAGGGGAGCUACACUGAAGGGUAUGAGGGAGAUUCCAGUGAUUCUGAUGAUGGAGUUAUCUCUAUGAAUGAAUCUCUAAUAGUGCAACGCCCUCUAUUACCAAACUUCUGGCUUAUAAUGCAGAACAGGAAAGAUAAAGUGGACAUUUACUUCCAUACGAGAGACACAGGGGAAACUGAAAGUGAGAGGAUUAUUCAACAAAAGAUGCUCUACAAUCAGGUGAUCAGGAAUAUCAAGGAAACAUGCCAUGUUGUCAAUCAGAUUCUGUUGCUGCAAAACUUGAAUGAGACACAUAUGUGUAAUGCCCUGUUAGUCCCUGAGGCUGAUGAAGAUAUUAUAUGGAAGCAAGAUGACCUUGGGCCACCCCUGGACAGAGUCAAGAAAUCUACAGAUAGCUCAGAUGAUGAAGACCAGACCAACCAGAAUUAUCUGGCAGCCACUCUUCACUUCAUGCCAGGGCACUUUGGGUGUGAAUGUGUGUGGAAAAUGCACUUCAACCUAAACCCAAGGCUGAGAGGGGGUACAGGGAGGUCGAGCAUGGCCAGGGGGAUACAAGCAUUGCGUUCAAUUCUCAAUCCAUUCUCCGUUAACAACAGGAAGAACAUGUUUGUAUAUAGGGAACCACAGUCUGGAAAUGUCUUUUAUUUAAGGCUAAAUGAAUCGAGGAGUGAAGUGAGAACCAGUAUACCUAAUAUAACUGAGGCUACUAAAUCUGAAGAAGAACUUCCUAACUCAAUUUCAAGGAGUUCCUCAAUAUGGUCGCUACAGACUAAACCGGGUGACAUGGCUGAAGAUGGGGCAUCUGUCUCUCAACUUGACAUGACCACUACUUCUAGGAAACCAUCUAUCAAUGCAGAGAGAGAAGAAAAGACAACUCGUAAAAUAGAGGAAUGUAUUAUUCUCUCAGCACACGGUAUCUGCCCCGUAGGACAUGAGAUACGAGAUGAGCUGGUGAAAGUAUUGUCCAACAGACUGGAUGAUCACGUACUUGGAGACCUCACAGUCAUGCUAGUCAGGAAUCCCAUGUGUAAACUCACUACAGAUGAUGUACAGUUCAUACAGAAGCCUUUCCAAGCUCCACGGAGGGUGAUACGGUUGUCUAUCCCCUCUAGUGCCUCUCUGCAUCUGUAUGCUCUGGGCUACUACCUCAGGCAGAACCUACUCACCUUCCUUAACACACCUAAAUAUAUGGAGAACAAGCCUGAGAACUUUUUCAAGGACUAUAGUGGACCAGAUCCUGUGCCUUUGAAAGACUCCCAUAUCUUCCUGUACAACCGACCCCAGCAGUCAGGGGGGAAAGGCAUUGCCCUCAUUCACUUUAGCCUGGUAGAUUGGAGAGGUAACCCUGUACAGUUGAUCUCAUCUCCCAAGCCAUCGCCUCUAGCAUAUAAAGACAUCAUAGAUGCAACAGUGUUUGAGAGCAUGAUUGCUACCACUAUAUAUGAAAGAGACCCAAAGUCUAAAAGACCUGGUCCAACAUCUCUAGUACAGUUCAGCAUCUGGGAAACGGGAGAUGUAGGCCUCCCUCAGCUUACAGACCGCAUUAUGUCUUCAUUGAAACAUGCAGCUUGCGAUAUCAUACAAGAGUAUAGACUGUUAACUGUACCAAUAUGUGAAGUUCCACAACAUUAUGCCAAAGACUUAGAUUCACCAUUUCACUCAGCUCCUCCCUCUCCAUCUGCCAAUAUGAUAGGUGGUAGUGAGACGUUAAUGAGUGCUAAAACCCCAAACUUGGCUGUGAUGAGCGCACGUCCAACUUCUCAUCAGGGCUUCUUCGAUGAUGAUGUCACAGAUAUACUGAACCGUAGUCGAACCAACCUUCGACAGGAAGUCCUAGAGGAGCAGGAUGAGAGUAUCGCAUCUAGAGACUCCCAGAGGAGCAAUGAACUGAGACUGAAGGCCCAGAUGUACGAAACAGGAGAGAAAGGGGCACUUCACCAGUAUUUUUUCACAAUCUUACCCGAAUGGCUGAACUUUUGUAAAAAACUAGGUUCCCCAUGUGUUGAGACAAGUACCCAAUGUUCGCUGAUAUCCCGUUACUCUGUAGAGUUAGUUCUACGGGAAAUGCAACAUAUCAUCACAAACCUCUGUGCUGAUUCUGCUCCUCGUGUUUUCCGCAUGAUUGACAGUGGUGGCCAGGAGGGGGAGCCACUGUACAUGCCAUAUAACCCUAUGAGGAUGCCACUUAACUCAGACCUGCUUGAAAGUAGCUUUGACAGGUUCACUAACUUGCAAGCUCCGGGCAAAAUUCUCAAUUAUGUUCUGGUUGGUCGAAAUGUCAGCCAAUGGCGUAACUCUAUUGAUUAUGUGGAAGCUGAUGAUGAAGUCAGUAUUGGUUUCAGUAGAUCUAUUAAAUCCAUCCAGAAAUUCAAGCCUCUUGUUGAUUGGAGUCUGGAGGCAUCUACCAGUAGCCUAGGGUCAUACAGUGCAGGACCUGCCCCAUUCUCUGGAGGUUCUCUAGCAGGAGGGAAGGCAUUUGUGCCCAGACAAAGAUUGGUUCUACUUACAGUCAAGGACACUCAGCUUGAGCUGUAUUCCUACAACUGGGCCACCGAUAUGGCAAAAACACUGGCGAGCAAGUUUUAUAGGCUAGUCCAGUGGCACAAGGCACGUUCCUACCUGCUUAACAGUAUCGUGAGUCAGAAAAUGGGACUAUUUCACCACCAGAAACUGCAGAAUGCAUUAAAGGAUAGUUCAUUCAAAGAGUGUCCAGGAGAGGUGGAUAUGCUAGUCAAGUACACAUCACCUGAAGCUAAAGACAAAGAGAAGGCAAGGAGCAGACAAGUGUCAGGAAGUGGUGGUAUGUUCGGCUAUGGCCACCCUGGCCUGCACUCAUAUGAUCAGGUCCUUAUGAAUAGCAAGCCUACUAAACCCAUGCAUAAGAUGCCCUAUGGUAACUAUAGAGACCUUGUUCAUCGCCAUGGCAACCAGCUACUGGAGGUGAAACAUGUUGAUCAAAAAGAGCUGGAUAAACAGAUGAAGCUAGAAAACCUGUAUGUGAUGUGGCAACAAAGAGCAGGUCAUGCUGGGCUCCCUAUUACUGAAGACAUGUUGGAAUUACUGAAACAGUCAUCAAGACUAGUACACUAUGUGGCCACACCAUUGCUGUUCAGUCCUCACUGGCGCAAAGAAGUGAUGGGCCUGAGGAAGCCUCAAGGGGUCGUCCCCCAGCAGGCUGCCCCCAUACACCCUGAGGUCCCAACACCAGCCCCAGCCCCUACCAAAUCUAGAUCCAGGCACAGUUCAGGUGCCAGUAUAAAGAGUCUGCGCUCAGACAGCUUACAGAGCCUUAACAAGAUCAAGCCCCAUCUAUCUGAUGUGCGUAACAGGCACAUCCCAGAGGAAAUCUGGCAUGGUGAAAUAAAAGGAACAUUCAUGCAGCAGUACAUCACUUAUGUACAAUCCCUGGGCUUCCUACAGAUCAGGACAAGAGCUGCUUCUCCUAAACGCCUGUCCCGUCACAUGAGGCCAGUGAGUGGUGCUGACCAGAACAGACGCAAGCAUCCUUCAGAUGAUGAUAAAGCCAAGUCUAACUCUAUCUAUUUGCAGAAGACACUUCCAGGAGGUAUAAUGUUGAUGGAGGUUGGUUACAGUGAGGUGUAUUUCUGUGUGAGACUAUAUGCCUUUGAGAGCUCCAGAAUCCCUUGUGGCAGGAGUGUCAACCCACAGUUGGCAAUUCUUUUCACUGAUGAAUGUGACAGAAUGAAGGACUUAGUGCAUGUGCACUCAUUUGCCUAUGACUUCCACCUGCGAUAUAUCCAGACGUACAUAGCUGGGGGUCAGGGGGCAAUGAAGACUGGCUACCACCUGAGGAACUUCCUACAAGAUUUUGUGCAGCUCUACCCCUAUCCUCCUAGCUUCUCUCGCAACUAUAUCAAUGAAGCCACAAUAACUAUAGAGAACACGAACAACCCCAGCCACCACUUGUACAACUACAUGUUAAAUCACUCGGAUAAGCUCUUUAAUAUGAAGGCAAUCAAGAUGGUGCCUGUCUCUGACUCUGAUGCUGAUGGGGAGAGUGAUUUUGCAUUAGUGUGCCAGUCAGUGACAGAAUCAGAUGGUGAAGAGAGUGACGUAACCAAACCCAAAUUAGUAGAUCACAAUGUAGGGCUUGUCAUAUCCCAUAAUGCACCUGGAUUUAUACAGCAGACGGAAGCUGAAAGGAACACAUUGAAAUUGCAGUAUUUUAUCAUUUUGACGAGUCGCCGAGAACAUUUCCCAAAACUGACCUUAGAGAAGAAGUUAGGGAUCUUCAAAAACCCUUUGAAAACCUUUUAUGCAGGUCCUACAAAUGAUGAGUCAAUGUUCACCCCAGAAGAUCUUCAUGGUCCUCCAGUGACUCAACACAUUGGAGUAAGACAGGAAUCUGUCAACUACCUGGGAUUCUCUAACAUGCACCAGACCCCCAUAUACACUGUGCUGAUUCAGGAGACUGACAAAGCCAGUAAGAAGAUCCGUGAGAUGGUGGAUAGUGCUAUUUCCCAAUGUAGAAGGGACACUCUAUGGCAACGUAUGUUGCUAGGGGACCAGUUGGUAGAUGAUGGGAGGCGUAAGAAACGUAGCGAAACUGAUGAAAGUCAAGACAGUGGUCUUACCAAGUUAACAUUCAUUGAAUUCCAAGAGCUCAUGCAAGUUGUUGAGAGGGAAUCACUGAGGCAGAUGGAUCCACGAUUGACCCCAUUACACAAUAUGAGUCAGUCUUGGUACAAGGGCUUGGUCAGAGUCUUGAUGAACAAAUACUCUGAAACACACAGAUACUUCGCUAGCCCUGAUGGGAAAGUCCAGUGUGUGGCUAUUCUGAACCCGAAUUACUUGGACACAUUUGCUAUGUUGACAGUGGAUUCCAUCAACAAUAAAUCUGAACUUUGUGUUGUGUACAAGGAGCCCAUCUUAGACAGCAGACUUCCAGCAAAUAGUGGCAAACAGAUCUACAUGCAGAGCCAUCUGGAAGGUUUCGUCAAUGCCUGUUGCUUCCAUAUGUGGACUGGCUUGUUGUAGGAAGUCAUUCUUGAGAUAUAAACAUUUCAAGUCCAUGUUUUUUGUGAUUUCACAUUGUAUAUCUGAGCACCAUUCGAGUGAUUGAAAGGGUGUUUAAAAGGUAUUACUAUGAGGGGAUAUUGAGAUAUAACCUGAAGUUAUGGUUGACAAGAAACGUAACAUAUGGAAACAUAUGGGAACAUAAUGUACAACAUUGAUACAGAAAGAACUGUUGUAAAUCAUUAUUAUGGAACUGACAAAAAGAUGAUGGGUAGAUAUUUAAACAUUUUAAGUGAGAGUUCAAAAAUGGAACAGAGUUAGUAAAGCA